CUUCAACAACGCAACACCGUUUUCACUUCACACCCAAAAAACAAACCCGAUUGAUUGAUUAAUAUACAUUCUUUUCUUAAUUCAGUUCUCGUUCGUUCACGUUUGUCCGAUCCAUUCGGAAAAGGACCAGAAGGACCUUAAGUGAGUGCACUAUAGUAUUGCUUUGUUGUGGAAGGAAAUAGAAAAAAAAAGUGCGCGAAGUAUCAUCAUCUGAGACCCGACGGAACGCUGAAGACUUGAAGCACAGAAGGAGAAAGGAUUUCGUUCCAACUUUGUCGACGAUAAUUAGCAAGAAACUGCAAUUAAACGGGGGUGUAACAAGGGUGUGUCCAUCGUUUGCUUUCCGAAGGGGAGAGGAAGUCAACCAAUGAUAUAAUCAUCAUCAUCAUCUGGCGAUAAAGAUUUUAAUCGAGACUUUUGCGACUAGUCCAAAGAACAAAAGAUGAAGUGAAGGAGAGUAAAACCCCUGCGGUGGACAUAGAAAGGACCCUAAAAGAAGAGAAUAACAAGAGGACCCAUCCAUCCCCACUGCUACCCCGAUCUUUUUUCAACCACCCCACCAUCAGACUCGUUAGGUUCUUUCCACCACCACCACCACCACCAACUCAACUCAAACGCCCUUUUUAGUGCAUCGAGAAGAAAAGCCGAAAAUGUUUCAUUCAACCCCGAGCACGCCAAGCGGCUACACAGACGGUAGAUUGUCUAUGGACGGUGGCGCAUCUGCAUCCUUCCAUCAACAUCUUCAGCAAUCCCCAGUUUACGUGCCCAGUAAUCGCGCAACGAUGCCGCAAUAUCCAUCACCGGGAAGUCAUCACUUCGCUGCAUCCCAUCAUCAAACCAGUUGGCAUACGGCGGCCGCGGCUGCUGCAGCAGCUGGUGGAGGCUACGGAGACGUUUCCGGACAUGGUGCCGCCAUAGCCGGAUCCCAUGGUGCUCUAAGUGCGGGACAGUUUUACGCGCAAAACAUGAUGAUGAAUACUGCCUGGAGGGCUUACGACGGCUCCCACGCCACCGGAUUCCAACGCACCUCACCGUACGAUGGCGCAGUCGAGUUCCAAUUCGGCGAGGGCAGGGAGUGCGUCAAUUGCGGCGCCAUUUCGACGCCCCUGUGGCGUCGCGACGGCACCGGCCAUUACCUCUGCAACGCAUGCGGAUUGUACCACAAGAUGAACGGCAUGAAUAGACCCUUGAUCAAACCAUCCAAACGACUGACUGCGACUAGGAGGUUGGGGCUUUGCUGCACGAACUGCGGUACUAGGACAACGACGUUGUGGAGGAGGAAUAACGACGGGGAACCGGUGUGCAACGCCUGUGGGCUGUACUUCAAGCUGCACGGCGUCAAUAGGCCGUUGACCAUGAGGAAGGACGGCAUUCAGACGCGCAAACGCAAACCGAAGAAGCCCAAUGGCGGAGAGAACGAGAGCGCCACGCCCACUCCAAUCGACGAUUCCAAAUCGGCUAUGCUACAUCAGCACGCCAAUCCUCAACAGCAGCAGCAGCAAAACCACUCUUUGCAUCAGAGUAUGGACAACCACAACCAUCACCAGUCUUCGUCUCCCAAUAAACAGCAGCAGCAGCAACCGAAUGAUAGGCCGUACCUUGGUCAGACCUCGCUGCUGCCUCCGGCAACCACAGCUGCUACCGCCUCCAGUGUCAUCAAGACGGAACCCUACGAACCGUACAGCUGCUUCCAGAACCAAUCAUAUCCCUAUCAGCAAUUCAUCGGGUUCCACGGAGCCGGCGCUGCCUCCGCUCCGGAAGUGGCCUAUCAUCAUCAGCAUCACGUGACAGCCGCCGCCAAACUCAUGGCCUCCUCGUAAUUCAACGAACGAUAAACGCAAUCCUGGUGCAAUAUAUAUAAUCAACGAAAAGAGAUGAAACGAAUCGAUUCGACAACAGCAAUUGUCGAAUUCAAAUAUAUAAUAAUAUUAUUUAUUCAGUCGCAGAUGCAGACAGAACUAGCAAUUAUUAAAAUUAUUAUUUCUUUUCGAAUACCUGUACAUACUUAGUAGUAUACUAAUCCGUUUGUAAAUACACACCCAUCAAUUAUUAUUAUUAUUAUUAAAUAAACAAGCGCAAUUUUCG